UGUUGCUAUGUGCUGAGCCGAGGGGAUAGGCGCGGGGGCGCGUCCGUCACAGGGCAGCCCCCGGCCCCGACCCGGAGGGAUGCGGAGUGGCGGCGGCGGCGGUGGCGGAGACUGUGGCUUUAAGAGCGCGCCCGGAGCUCGGGAUCCAGCCGGGCGAUCCUUUGCUGCUGCGCACCCCCGCGGAGCCGAGCCCGGCGCUGGCCGGACAGGGCAGCCUGCUGCCAGGCUGCUGAGAACCAGCCCUAGACCUCUGCUUGAGGCUCCUUCCUCUGAAGACAUCACCAGUGUGUGGAGCCUGCCCCACACCCACCCCCUGCCAAACCACGGCCUUUACCUGUGUCUUCCGGUGUUUCCCGUGCGACCCAUCCUGUGGGAGUGCCUCGUGGGCUGCCCCAGAGUUCACUCCACGCUCAACAGCGCCAAUGGUGAAGAUGACAAGAUCCAAGACUUUCCAGGCCUAUCUGCCCUCCUGCCACCGGACCUACAGCUGCAUUCACUGCAGAGCCCACUUGGCCAAUCAUGAUGAACUCAUUUCGAAGUCGUUCCAAGGAAGUCAAGGACGAGCAUACCUCUUUAACUCAGUAGUUAAUGUGGGCUGCGGGCCUGCAGAAGAGCGAGUGUUGCUAACAGGACUGCAUGCAGUCGCAGACAUUUACUGUGAAAACUGCAAAACCACUCUGGGCUGGAAAUAUGAACAUGCCUUUGAAAGCAGCCAGAAAUAUAAAGAAGGAAAAUACAUCAUUGAGCUAGCACACAUGAUCAAGGACAAUGGCUGGGACUGAUCGGAGAAUAGCCACCCAACCCAGUGUCCACGUGAACGCCAUCCAACUGAACAUUCUACCCAAGCGUGAGAGAGUGACUGAACACUUGGUUCCAUCCAUUUAGGGGCCUUGCCAUCUGGGGCAUUCUCCCACCUUGCUGCCGUCUCUCUGGUGACCGGCCUCUAAAUCGCUGUCCCUCUGUCUCUUUGCUUUGUAUCUGUUUGUGAGUUGAUCCUGGCUUCUCUCUCUGUUCUAGUGUUGGCUGAAAAGAAAACAACAAAAAGAACAGACGCCUCACCGCAUGGCAGCAGCCCACCUUGAUGAGGGCCCUAGGGCCCAUGCAAGAGCUGCCUGAUGGCCUCUGGCCAGUAGAGCAGUGGCACAGCACGGGGGUGUGAGGAGGAGGGAAAGGGGGGGAACCUCGAGGGUGCCGGGGGUGGGCAGGGGACGGGAGGGUAGAGGUAGGAACAACAUUGUGCUGCUCCUGGAAGACCUGGGAACUUUAGGCUUGAAAUAACCAACUUGUCUAAAAGGACAAAGAGAAAAAAAAAUACCUCAUGACUGCAUUCUCUCUGAUCAGAAGCUUCUCUGUUCCUGACACCAAAUGUGCCAGGUUAGCAUGUGAGCACAAGAAGUGGCUCUAAUUCUAGCUGGCAGGGUAGUAGCCUGGUUCUCCUGGGCAGAGUUGGGGGCUUGUCUUGGCAGCAGUGAGUAACUCGGGGAAGAGCCCAGAUGGGUUUUGAUGACUCUGAUGCCUCACUGCUCCUCUCGUCACCUUCUUUGUCUCUUCAGCCCCUGUAGGUGAGCGGAGAGGGGACUGCCGUUUGCAAUGAGUGCAAGAUCCAAAACACCCCAAAGGCUUUGACCAGGAACCAAGUAAAAUCAGUAAUUGGGGAGAAAGGGAACAAAGAGGGCUGCAGUUUGGGAGCUCCUGCAGAAAUGGCUCCAAUAUUGGGCCAGAAGAAAACAAGUAGAACCAGUUAGCGUUUCUGACUGUCUGACCUUUCCCCCUGACCCUCACUAAGAAAUGAGCAUUGUGGCAAGGAAGGGGUGGGGGUGGGGGAAUGGCGGGAGUAGUUUAGAUUUUGAACCAUUACAGGUUAGUUGAAUCGUUCCUCUUUGGUAUGCAAUAGCAUCAGUGAGAUCAGCAAUUAUUUGUACGUAGAGUUUUGGGUGUUUUUCUCCAGUUCUAUCAUUGUAGAUUGUGGAAGACAAAGUCCCAAGGUUGGCUGGUAGCUUCCUCCUGCCCCUUGCUGUUCUCCUUGGACUUGAAUGUUUUGCAUGGAGGAAAAAAACUGUCAGAGUGGUCCAGCAGUGGGGAGGGUUUAAUUUGAUGUCACAUCUCAAGUUACAAAUUCUAAUAUUACCCCCCACCCCCCAGAAUCCCCACUUCCCUACCCAAAGUUUGUUAUAUUUGGGGAAGUGGAGAACAAACCCUCGUAAGGCUCAUGAGAGAGAAGAGUUCGUUACAUUUAAUCAACACUGUGAAGCCUGUUCUACAGCGAUUCAGCCAGUACACGGUGCAUGACCGAAACUCAUCUAAGUGAGUUAAUUUCAUUGCUGAGACUGAAAAUAUUAUUGUUCAGAUAUGAGUAGGUUAUGUAAGGUAAUUCUCAGUAUCUCACUCUCCAAGUAGGCUGACCCUAGAGGAAUAUUCAUCUUAAAAGUCACAAAAGUCUUGGAGAUAAGAAUCUGUAAAAUUGAUUCACCAAGAUUCAAGCAGCCAACCCAGGACAUUUUCAGAAUUGAACCAAAUUCCCACAGGGAAUGAGUCCAUGUGGAGAUGUCUUUUUGUGUCUCUGUGUGCUGAUUGCAGAACGGGGGACCUGAGAUGGGCAUGGUCCUGGCCUGACAGUGGAGUGGUGGAUGGCAGCACUGACAGGAGGCAGGGUAGCUCCAGAUUCAGCAGUAGACUGCCUCUGUAAAACGAAAGGAUUCUUAGAAAUCGAAUUGUGUUCCCAAAGGCUUCCUGCCCACAUCUUUUGGUGCUUUACUAGGUAGUCUUGGGAGAUGAAGUUGUUCUCCCCAUAUAACUAAAAAGUAGACUGAGGUUCAGAAAAAGUAUUUUGUUUCUGCUCCCAGAGAAACAGCUCCUCUGGCUCCCAGGCACUCCCAGGCCCAAGAUCUAAAUAAAAAACGUUUUCAACUUACACAUUCCUAAGCUGGCUUGCCAGCACAGAAGUCAUAGGUUUCCCUCUCUAUCCCUCCUGAGGGUAGUGGCCUUUGUUUAUGGAUUUUGAUUAGCCCCUUUGCUCAGGGACUGUCCUGGCUAUUGAUACUCCUUUCCAUAAAAAGAAAAUGGGGAUUAUUAAACACAGGUAGGUGUUCUGUCUAAAAAUGGAAUGUGGUGACCUAGAAACCAGACAUGGGGUGCCCUAGGAUUUUCAGUGGGCAGAAGGGACCGAUGUGUCACUUCUUCCUUGGGGAUGGGGUCUCUGUUGCAUGGACCAGAGCAGGCUCCAAUGAGACCCUGAUUUGGAUUUUUUUUUUCAGUUACUAUCCAUUGAGUAUCCAGUGGGUGCAUGGUGCCAUAUUUGAUGCGAGAGAUCUGAGUAAAAUAUUGGUUUUACCAUAAUUACAUGGGGAAAAAAACCCAACUCAUUAGAUUUCCCUUUAUGUCAAUGAAACCAAAAGUGCUUCUUAUAACUUUUGACUCCAUUCAUGGCUUGUCUAUCUAAUGUCUAGUCGUUUUGGAGAGACCGCAACUGAGCAAUGGAGAUGCAUCAACUCAUGGCCUCAGUCAGUUCAUUUUUUAAUUUCCUCACCAAUUAUUGACUCAGAGCAUAACCAAAGACCUCAUCCAUUUACCCUCCGUAGGUUCAGGGAAUUGGAAUUCGAUGUAAAACUUAGGCGAGGUACAGGGAAUAGGAAAGGGGAAAGGGAGAAGUGAGAAAGGCAUGGAGUUUAUACCUCAGCCAGAAGCUGCCUUCAUUUUCAACUGAAGUCCAGCCAUAGGCUCUCUAGUUCCAUCUCCCCUGUGCCACCCAAUGUCGUGUGGCCUUGGUGGCUCUGGAUUACACCCCAUCCCCCAUCCCACCCUUGGUAUUGGUCUCAGGCUGCUGAUGGGCUGAUUUGACAUGAAUGAAAUACAGCCAACGUUGACACUCACAGACUGUCAGCUGGUCCUGACCGAGAACUGCCCCAACUCCUGUAACAGUAAGAUCAUGGAAAUAGGAUAGAAUGAACUUUACUGGUGGAUCGGUGAAAAAGAGGUGUCCCCUUUAUAAAAAGAUUUUCAAGUGGAUAUAUAUAAAAGAAACAGUUGCUUGUGAAAUAUACUUUUGUAAAUAAUAUUUAAUUUUUUAAAUAAUAUAUUUGGUGCUGUUUUCUCAGAUCCCCUGAGAGCACUUUUUAUUUUCAUUUUUAAAUUCUAUGGUUUCCUCUGCAUUUCUUGAAGUAUAUUUUAAGGGAAACAGUGAUCACCAAUGAACUCUUUUUUAAAAAUAGAUUUCCUCACUUUUGUCUGGAUGGAGGCAAUAGAGCAAUGCCUCUGUAUUUUUCCCAAAGGAGCAGACUCAUUACCAGGUUGAGAACUGAAAUGUUUUCUUGCACCAGUACUGGCUAGAAAAGAAAAUAAACAAAAUCAAAUAAAUUUAGUAACAACUUAGAGUGAAUGAUCUUGUUGGAAGAAUUUCCAACAAAUUAGAAUCUUGAGAGAGAGAGAGAGAGAGAGAGUGAGUGAGUGUGUGUGUGUGUGCGUGUGCAAAAAGCACUUUGGAUUGUGCCUCCUGUUUUCUUUUUUACUGGGGACACUACACCUACAGUUUACACCUUGGGUUUUUCUUCACUUUCUCUCUGGUAGUGGUUUUGUUUCUGAGUGGACCAACAGCACAAACCACGAGGAUUUUGUUUUCCUGAGCAUGGAGCUGUUGCCAGCUUGUUCUUUUUUCUUUCUUUGUGUGAUCAGCUUCUACAGACUGUAAAGGAAAACUGUUGUUUGUGAAGAUCAAGCAGAGUCAAAUCUGCAUUGCUGAGAUGUGUGUGGUGUACUCAUCACAUAUGCCAGGGCACCAGUUGUUGUAGAAGCCACAUCAUGUAAAACACUGACUGGCUUGGGUCAAGAGAACAUAAAUCAAAUAAUAUACAUACUUUAUUGGUAAACAGCUUUUUUUUUUUAAGGUCAAACUGCCUCAGGUUCAGUAAGAGGCUGAGAAAUCAAAUGUUGAACACAAUCAACUUACAUAUUUUUAAAAAGAGUCCACCUCAAAUGAGAAACCAUGCUAGUGUUCUAGGUAGAGAAAAGAGAGGAUUAAUUUUUAAAGUUUAAAUACAACCAUGAAAUCUGCCAGUAGUGAAAGGCAAAGCCAAGGUGAGACAAGCUAUUCUCAUUUUACCAAAUUCUAUCUGCCCAUAUGUUUUUGUAUAACGUUUUGGUGAAAGUGAGAGUUCCCUUUUCCAACCUGCAGAGACUAUCUUUCAAUACAGAAUUUAUGCUUGUGUUUACAAAGUGUAUUUGUUGGGUUUGGGUUUUGUUACUUUCUAUUGUUUGUCUUUUUGUUGUUGUUGGCAUUUUUCAGGUCACUUGGCUUCAAUAACAAAGAUAAUUAUUUUCAAAUAAUUUGUCUUCACCUUUUCCUGUAUUUGUACAUAGUGACUCAGUAUUAGAGAAAAGUGCAUUGUUUCUCUCCUAUUUCCAAUCUGUGUUGGUGCUCAUUUGAGAAAAUAAAGUUUUCAAAUAUUAA